AUGUCUCACAUCCAGAAGCACGAGGAAGGCUUUCAAGCCAAAAGAGAAGAUCAGGGCCUUGUGGGUGAACAGGAUCCUGCACCUCAGGAGGUCGGCAGCCCUGAGGAAAUGCCUGCUGGGAGUUCCCAGGAGGCCUCUUCCUCCUCUGGUGCUACCCAAGCCACUAUGUCAAGCAAACCAAGUGAAGCGUCCUGUGGUCAAGUCAAGCAAGGUCAAAGCACCUCACCAUUCAGCCUCCACUCUGAUUCCUUGAUCAACACUCAGCUAGAAAAGAAGAUGCUUGAUUUGGUGAAGUUUCUGAGUGACAAGUACAUAACAAAGGAGCCUAUCACAGAGGCAGAAAUUAUGAAUAACGUCAUCAAAGGUUACGAAAGCUUUUACCCCUUGAUCUUCAAGAGUGCCUGUGAAUGCAUGGAGGCAGUUUUUGGCAUUGGAAUGAAGGAAGCUGAUGAUGUCAAACGCUCCUACGUGCCUUUUAAAAUACUCGACCUCAGCUAUGACGGGAGGUUGAGCAAUGAGCAGGGCCUACCGAAGACUGGCCUCCUGGUGCUAAUCCUUGCUGUGAUCUUUAUGGAGGGCAACCGUGCUCCUGAGAAGAAGAUCUGGGAAGUGCUGAGUAUUAUUGGUGUGUAUCCUGACAAGCAUGAUUUCAUCUGUGGGAAUCCCAGGAAGCUCGUCACUGAAGAUUUGGUGAUGGAGCAGUACUUGGAGUACAAGCCGAUACCUGGCAGUGAUCCUCCAUGCUAUGAGUUCCUGUGGGGCCCAAGAGCCUAUGCCGAAACCACCAAGAUGAAAGUUCUGCAGUUUUUUUCCAAGGUUAGUGGGAGUAGCCCCACUGCCUUCACAGCCUUGUAUAGAGAAGCUCUCAAAGAAGAAGAGGAGAGAGCCAGGGCUGCUGCUGCUAACACAGCUGGUCCUACUGGGAAGGGCAGUGCAAGCUCCGGAGACAAGCCCAGGAGCUUGUCUAAAUAA